AUGGAUACUUUGGCGUCGAAAUUACGCCCGGGAGAGGUCGUCUCUGCGCUCAAGAGAGGCAACCUCCCUCAACAAUUGGAUGGAAUAUAUACAGCUGCACUUGAGAGAAUCAAGGAUCUGCCGCCCAGCCACAAGGAAGUUGUCAUGGACUUUCUUCGAUGGAUUGUCUUCGCCCAAAGACCACUCCACGCUCGAGAGAUCGAGCAUGCUCUCGCUGUAUCCGACAAUGACCAUGAUAUUGACACCGACAACAUCAUCCGAGCGCACGUUCUAGCAUCUAUGUGCGCCGGCCUGGUGAUGCUUGAUGAGUCUGAUCGUGUUAGGCUCGUUCACUACACCGUGAUGAAUUUCUUCAUCAGUCACCACGAUCAAUGGUUUCCUGGGGGAGCAAUAAAAUUAGCUUCAACUUGUCUCACCUAUCUGUCCUUUGAUUCGUUCAAAACCGGCGCCUGUACCGGUCCCUCUGUGUCUGCAGAUUUCGAUGCUCGUCUCGUCAGGUAUCCCUUUCUAGGAUAUGCUGCUGAGCAUUGGGGCAAGCAUCUCCGUGAAUACCCCAAUGAAGAACUUUACAACCGGGCAAGACUCCUUUUGACCAACCGCAACUAUUUUGAAGCUGUGUCUCAGGCACUAUAUUAUCUGGAUAAUAAGGACUCAGCUAGCUGGUCUGGAAAUAGCGGAAGCUCUGCUAUGCACCUUGCCGCACACUUUAUGUUAAACAGGCUGGUCAUGGUGCUUCUUGGGGCAGGGGUCGAUCCAAACAUUAGAGACGACAAUGGGGCACGCCUCUUGUGGUGGCGGCGAUGA